AUGAAUUCCGCUGAUCAUCCUGUGCUAGUCGUAGGCGCUGGGCCAGCAGGUCUGGUAGCAGCGUUGACGCUUGUCCAAAACGGUAUCCCAGUUCGCAUCAUCGAUAAAGAUCCAAACCCUCGCAUCGGACAGCGUGGUCCCACAAUAUGGCCACGCUCCCUCGAACUCUUCAACUUCCUGAAUGUCCCGGAAGUCAACAAUCUAGGAAAACAAAUCCCUGUCAUCCGUUUAUACAAGCCCGGGACGUUGGAACCUCUGAAAGACUAUCCGUUGGCCCCGCAUAUGGAACCUACACCAGCGGUACCAUUCCACAUCCCAAAGAUGAUAGGGCAACAGCUCCUAGAUGUGGUUCUGCGACGCCACCUAGAGAAGUUUUACUGCUCUGUCGAGAUGAACACUGAACUAAGCUCGUUCAAGCAGUCCGAGGAGGGCAUCGCAGCUACUUUCGAUACCAAGUGGAUGAUCGGCGCCGAUGGUGCUAAAGGCGUCGUGCGCAAACAGCUUGGGCUCACGUUUUUGGGCGAGACUAGAGACGACUUCUGUAUUAUCACUGGGGAUAUUCGUUUAAAGGGAGUUGGUCUUGAUAGAGUGUUUUUGCUCUCGAGGCUUGGAGAUGUAUUUACAAUCCACAGACUGAUGUUGCGUCCAACGGACGAAAUCGGCGAGGAUGGCUGGCACUUCUUCAUUUCUGAUCGCGAACUAGAGUUGAUGAAGACCAUUCAGAGCGAGGAGCUUAUCUUCGCGUCCAUCGCGUCGUUUAUCCCCACUGAGAUUACGUUCAACAAGUUGGUUUGGCGCGUUGAUCCAUUUGUUGCAGGGGCAAUAUCCGUACUGGUGAACAAGUUUGGCGAGGAUCGAGUGUUCGUUAUGGGUGGUGUGUGGUUCUAUCUAGGCGUGUGCAGUUGUGCUGAUGGAAGUCGUAGAUGCUGCACAGGACUCAAUUCAGGUGUACAAGAUGCUAAACUCGCGCUCGUUGAAAAAGGACUUGCCGACAAGUCUCUUCUGAAGACAUACAGCGCCGAGCGUCUCCCUGUCAUCUCCGAGAUGAUCGAGAUGACUACCUCUAUUCUCAACCAGACACUAAUAACAGGAGAACUCAGACUACACAACCCCACUGUUUUCAUGCUUGGCGUCAACUGUCGGUUCAGCAGCAUCGUACUCGAUGAAUUUGCAACUCCAAUCGAGGGGAAGCCUGUCAACGCAUACGGGGUGUUUGACGAGGGGCAUCUGGAGGCUGGGGACAGGGCGCCUGAUGCACCCAACGUGCUCCAGGUGGGACGUGGAGAAUCUGACGUGAAGACGCUUUUUGGUCUGUACAAACCCUGGUGUCACACGGUGCUUGUGUUUGCGCCGAGUCUCUCGGAUGCUACCUCGAUCUUGGGGGCACUGGAGGCAUUUGACAGGAGGGUUGUGCGCAAGGCUGUCGUUUUACCAUCGUCGACACCAGUGGCGCCCGUCGUAUCUCCUUGUGCUGAUGUCGUUCUUAUUGAUGAGGGGGGCUAUGCAUAUACAGCUUAUUUUGUAGAAGCCAACCAGACGAAGGUGUUUGUGAUACGGCCAGACGGUGUGAUUGGGGCGAUCGUUCAUGGUGAAGAAGGCGUGCAGAAAUAUUUCUCGAAUAUAUUUUUGGACCUCUAG